AAGCUGUUAGAUGAAGAUGAUGAUGAGGGGUGCGUCCUCCAGAGGGUCCAGCCUGACCCACAGCCAAUGGACAAACAUCUCAUCUCCUUCACCUUUCAAUGACAUCAACAACAACAACAAAUAUCUUCCUGGACAACCAUUGAGCACCAAAAUCAAUUCCAAACAGAAAAUCCUUCCCCGUGAAUUGAUCGACAGAUAUAAGCGGGGAGAUACACAUCCGGUGUCGGCGUUGUACCAGCUCUCUCAAACUUUGCAGUUUCAACUGGAUCUGAAAGAAACCGUUACAACUGCAGGAGUUACGGGGUUUUACUUUGCGUUCUGUGCUGUGAUUGAUGGAAUCCAGUAUAAGACUGGAAUGGGCAUCACAAAGAAAGAAGCCAGGGCCAAAGCGUCUGAACUGGCCCUUGAAGAGCUCAUAGCAAGUCUAGAGAAUGAUGGGAUACCCUCGGAUGUUUCCGAGGGGCCACCUCCUCUGCCAGUAAGAGAGAAGGACUCCCCAAUCCAAGAAAUCCAUUCUGGAAGAGCUGUGAUUGAAAGAAAGAACCCCAUCAAGGAUCAGGUACCCAGCGUGGUGAAGGAGAUGUUCACCAAGCUAAUGGACAGUUACCCAGAAUUCACUGGCUGUGGCGGAACAGUGGCUGCAUUUGUCAUGCUCUCUCCCACAGGAUGUGAGGUUGUUGCUCUUGGUACUGGCGGUUCUAAUACCAAAGCCAGUCCAGCACCGACAGGACGAAUCCUGCAUGAUUCACACGCAGUAGUAACUGCCCGGAGAUCACUAAUGAGGUUUCUGUAUAGGAAUCUGUUGCUGUUCUUCAGUAAGAAUACUGCUCUGGAGGAGAAGUCCAUCUUUCAGCAGGACCAGACCACGAAGCUCCUCAGCUUCAAAAAUCACAUCAAUCUACACCUGUACCUGAGCCAACUGCCCAAAGGAGCAGCACAGAUACCUUCUCAACUCCGCCUCAAUCCUCUGUCCAUCUCUGCAUGGGAGGUGAAUAAUCAGAUCGGCCUUCAUGUGGUGGUGGAAGGGAAGGUCUUCUCCAAGUUCUCCAGCUCGUACGAGCAGAUGGGCUCGCAUGUCGUCAGUAUGUCCGCCACCGAUAAGAUCAUGCAGUGGCAGGUGUUGGGCUUCCAGGGGGCGCUACUGAGCCACUUCAUUGAGCCAGUCUACGUGAGCAGCAUCUUCAUUGGUGACGGCAGCUGCAGUGACACUCGUGGUAUAGAGAUGGCCGUGAACCAGCGUGUUGAUGGCAUCACCUCAGCACUUCCCUUGUACUACUGCGUCUACCGGCCACACAUCAGCCUGGUGUCCUCGGCCAUGCCUCCAGACACACACCCUACCCAGAGGUCCCUUAGUCUUAACUGGAGCCAAGGAGACCUUAUGAUGGAGAUGGUCAGUGCUCUGGAGGGAAAGUCUACCGAAGACUCUCCGUUUAAGAGCAGUCCAGCCUUGGCCAGCCGUCUUUGCAAGGCAGCGAUGCUGAGUCGAUUUAAUUUGGUAGCUAAAGAAGCCCAGAGAGAGGAGCUGCUCACCGCUGUCACGUACAGGGAGGCCAAGAUGAUGGCAAAGCCGUACCAGGAAGCAAAGAGUGUGUUGAAGUCUUACCUGGAAAGGAAGGGCUACGGCCAGUGGGUGGAGAAACCGCCGAUCAGCGACCAUUUCUCUCUGUGAGAACCCACCUACAGAUGCCAUAACUGCAAUAUCACGUAUAAAUAUGUUUAAAUUGCUUGCUGACUGACUUUGUGGUUUGCAUGUUUGGUUUUGUUCAAAUUUGUUGUAUAACGAUGCAGCAAGAGGCACUUACAGACAACAGAUGCACAUAUGUUAUUGGACUGGGGAAACAUACUGGAUUUGAAGUUUAUUUACACAAGUGCAAAGAAAAUACAUAAAACAGUUCAAGACAGAUAAUAGUGUCAAAUUGUAACAAAAGGGGAUGUUCUGUUUGUUUCCAAGGUAAAUGAAAAUAAAAAAUUGUUUGGACAUUUA